CCAUCGGGGAUGCGUGUGUAUCGCGGAAAACACAGCAGACGCUCAGGAUUCAGGAAGCACAAGUGUUGGCGGCCUUUGAAUCUUUUGAUCACGCCGCUGCCACGUGCUGCGGCGGUGCUGUGCCAGCGUCUACACGCUUUCCCAUCCUUUGAGCCGGACGCCACCAAGCAUCAUCAGUCAUCAAGUGGCCAACACGGGACGAUCAUUAUCCGGGGAUCAGCGACCUCCGAGGGAGCGCAACGGCAACAUCAGCGAGCGUUGAAGUUCCUCGCAAAAAUAUUGCCCAAAAUCAUCAGCGCAGGUGACUACUACUAUCCAGUGAUCCACGCCUCCAUCCCCUUCAGGCAAUGGCUUCCCGGUCUCGGAGCAUGAUAUGAAUGCCGGGCGGCGAGGAGGAAGGAGAAGACGAAAGCCAUCUUCGUCCAGCCCAUUCUGCAGAAGCGAGGUACAGACAAGCUGUAAAGCUUUGGAUCAUCGCCAAGCCUUUGUCUCAUCGCCUCCACGCAUCCGAACCCCAGCUCAUUUGCGUGGCUGUGGCUAUCAAGAGUUAGUUAUCCAGAGGUACGUGAAUCUAAUGUAGCAGCAGCAAUCCGCGUCUCUUCUUCUAUCUGUUUGUUGUGGUGCUUCAGUUAAUCAACAAAAAGGUUGCCGUAUCCGUGGGCGUGGUCGCCAAUUCGGCCAUCUCAGCCUCAAAGACCCCACAACUACUUAUGCACCACGCAUGAUUCCAGGCCGCGGUGUCGAGUGUGGCCGGCGCCGCCUGCUUUUGUUUUGUGCGUGUGUGGGGCGGCGUUGAGUAAGGGGAAAGACUAAGCGAGCGCGGGAGCGAGAUCGAGAGCGAACAAAAGGGGAAGCCGUGGAGUGGUGGGUUCUCGCUUGCUUCAGGCCUACCUUUCUGCAGCCUUAAGCUUGGUGGUUGUAGUGGCGCGCUAGCUAGCUAUCCUCCGCCGAGGGACCGACCGGACCGGACCAUGCCACGCCCAUGUACAUGGCCUCUCCCUCUAAAGAGCUCUACUAGUAGCAAGCAGCGACAGCGAUCAUGGGUCAUGAGCCAUGACGAGGGUCCAGAGCCAAGCCACAAUCACCCGUGGCGAACUGAAGCUUAAAGAAUCGGAUUGCGCGCACGGCGAACCUCACCAUGUGUCAUUGUGUCCCCCGGUUUAAGGAUGCCAGUUAGUUUGGUGCUACUGUUUGUUUAAAGACCACACGGCUGUCCCUGUCGUUGGCUAAGUGGUUGGAGGACUAGUUAGUGCCAGAUUAGACGGGUAAGCCAGCAGCCAAAUCCUCCGUGUUGUCCAUUAUUUAGUUGCUUUGCCUUUGCGCGCGUGAAGAUAGGUACGGACAGAAAGAGGGAGAGAUAGCUAGCUAGCAAGCAGCUCGGCCGUCGCCAUUGCUGCUGCAUAGCUCCAUAGCUCGCUUGGCUUCUCUGUCGUCUCUCCUGCCGGCGCUCCAGGUCGUCCAUGACAGAGCGAGCGAGCGGGAGCUAGCUGACGACCCCGCUUUCGUGUCUUGUCCCCUUGCAGCUUUCCUCUUGGAGGCGCGGCGGCUCAGAGUCUUGAGCUCCGGGAAUAAAAGAUAUCGCCAUGCAGGCGGCGCCCAAGGCAAGGAAUGGCUCCGCGGAACACCCCACCCGGACGUCCUCCCAGGGAAGCAACAAGGCCGGCCGGACGGGGAGGAUGGCCGAGUCGCCCACCGGGCUCAGGCCCAAGGUCGACCGCCGCUCGGCGAUGAGCGCCGAGAGAGAGAAAAGGAGGCCACCGACGACGAAGCUGUCAGAGCUGGAGGCCCAUCUGUCGCAGCUGCAGGACGAGCUCAAGAAGGCCAAGGAGCAGCUCCACUCCUCCGAGGUCUCCAGGAAGCGGGCCCUGCAGGAGGCCGACGACGCCAGGGCGCAGGCCGCCGCGGCGUCCGCGCAGGUGCGCAACUCCGAGGCCCAGCUCGCCGAGCUCUCGUCGGCAGAGGAGGCCCGCCUCCUGGAGCUGCGCCGGCUGUCGCAGGAGCGCGAUCGGUCGUGGCAGUCGGAGCUGGAGGCCUUGCAGAAGCAGCACGCCGCGGACUCGACCGCGCUGGCCGCGGCCAUGGGCGAGGUGCACCGCCUGCGCGUGCAGCUCGCCGCCGCGGCGCGCGCCGACCGCCGGCAGGACGUGGCGGAGGCGCUGGCCACCAUCGACGAGCUCAGGGUCAAGCUCAAGGCGAGCGAGGAGGCCGAGGCGCAGGCGCGCGCCAUGCACGAGGAGUGCAAGCAGCAGCUGGAGGCGAGCCGGGCCACGAUCGACUCGCUGCUCACCGACGGCUCCAAGCUGAUGGACUCGUUCAGCCUGGUGGUCAAGGAGCUCGAGGAGUCGCGCGCCAAGGUCAAGGCUCUCGAGGAGGAGGUCGCGGAGGCGCCAUCGAGGAUCGCCGCCAGCGAGCACUGCAAUUGCUCGGGCUCGGAGGCCGCCGAGCUGAGGUCGGAAUUGGAGGCCGCGGAGGCCAGGUACCAAGAAGAGAAGAUCCUUAGCACCGUGGAGACGCAGUGCGCGUACGAGCUCAUGGACCAGAUAAAGACCGAGUCCGACCUGCGGCACGGCAAGCUCGCCGCGGCGCUCGAGAGCGCCAAGUCCGAGGUCAUCUUCCUCAAGGCGAGCCUUUUCGACAAGGAGUCGGAGCUGCGGCGCGCCCUGGACGCGAACAAGAAGCUACAAGCCGAGGCAAGAACGGACAGCUCGGCCGACGCGCUCAAGGAGCAGCUGCAGGGCGCGCUGCAGGAGAACGGGCAGCUGAAGCAGGAGCUCCGUCAGUACGAGUCCGAGAAGGGCUCCGCGGCGGCGAGGACGCCGGAGGCCGACGCGGCGGAGGCGGCGAAGAAAGGGGAGAUGGAGGCCGAGCUGCGCCGCCUGCGGGUGCAGGCUGAGCAGUGGCGCAAGGCCGCGGAGACGGCCAUGGCGCUGCUGACCGUGGGCAAGGGCGGGAACGGCAAGGUCGUGGAGCGGAGCGAGUCCUUGGAGGGCGGCAAGUACGCGGGCCUGUGCGAGGACUUGGACGACGACGCGGCGGCGAGGAAGAACGGCAACGUGCUGAGGAGGAUCAGCGGGAUGUGGAAGAAAUGAGAGGGCGAUCGGCCAUCUGUGCGGGAGCGGCGGCGGCGGCGGCGUGGCUUGUACUGCUGCUCCGGGGAGCCCGGGGUCUCUCAGGUGUAAUUGUUUUGCCGGUUCGUGUGGUGUAAAAAACAUAGUACAGUGCUGUACUUGUCGGGGGGAAACGUGCUCAUAGCUGUAUUAUACAACGUGGUAUAUGGAGGGGAUCAAUUCAUCCGGGCGUGACAGGUCGUGGUAGGGGUUCUCUUAUAGUUACAUUCAAAAGUGUCUAGCCAUCAAGAAUUCGAAUUGAUGUUUUUUUUCUUUUGAAAAUGGAAA